AUGAAUGUGCAUGAUCUUUUUUUCUGCUGUUUUCAUAUUAGAAGUCCGUCCAUUUCUUCGAUUAAAUGCUGUUUUUUUUAUUAAAAAGCGAUUUUUUUUCGUAAUAGGUUAAAAUUUUAUUCUAAAGAAAUUAUAUUAAACCAAUGACCAGGAAGAGUUUGCUAGAGAUGUUACUCAAAUUUCGUGUCUUGGUUUGUCUAUGUUUAUUUACUGUUGGUAAUAUUAUUUUACUUGGUCGCUUCCUCUUUCUUAACACAACAGUGCAUAGCAACAAAAAAGAUCGUCCGGCUUUGUUGAUCAUUACAUCAGGUAGAAGUGGAUCCAGUUUUCUUGGAAACCUUUUAAAAAACAACAGAAAGGUGAUAUAUCAUUUCGAGCCAUUAAACCCAAUGUUGUGGGUGCAUAAUUACAACAUAUCUACAAUACAAAUAGCGGAAUAUUUAGAUCAGUUUUUUUCUUGCAACGUUAGCUGGAAUAACGACAAGUAUCUCAAUCAUAAAUUAGCAUAUUCCAAUCGCAUUUGGAGCACGAGAUUUUCAUCACGAGAAGAUCUGAAUGUUAAUAUUACCGUUUUAAACGAAGAUUGCAGAAGCGAGGAAAAGCUAGUUGUUGUUAAGGUGUUACAGGAUAGAUUUCCAUUGGGUGCUAAAAAGGUACUUCAAUUGCUCAAACAUGAUAAUGUUAAGGUAAUCCAACUUGUACGCGAUCCUAGAGCAACUCUUUUUUCAAUGGCUAGAUUAGGAUGGAAGGUAUCUGAAGAUGAAAGUGUAAAAAAAUCAAUAUGUGAUUGUAUCUUCGAUGAGUACAAUGCUCUAAAGAUUUUUGACAGCUUUAAAGCGUUACGUUACGAGGAUCUGUGUGAGAAUUUGAUACCGAAAAUGAAAGAAAUUUGUAAUUUUGUUGGUUUAAAUUACACACAAGCGUAUAACGAAUAUUUAAUUCGAGUUGGAAAUGUUACAACGAUUGGGAAUACAGACUAUAGCGUUGAAAGAAACAUAAAAUUGGCAAGUCAGAAAUGGAGAGCACAAAUUCCGCUAAACUUUUCAUACGAUGUUGAAGCAGCUUGUGGAAAUGUCAUGGAUAGCUUUGGAUACAUAAAGCUUGGUAAAAAUCGCAUGGAAAUAUUAAAUUUAAGUGUUCCAGUGUAUAGAAAAGAAUGGGAACUGUAACUGAAAGUAGCAAUGCAACCCCAAAUAGAAGCAUUUUUUUUGAACUCGUGAAAUAUCUAUGGUUUCUCACCGACAAUUUUUUGUCAUUGAACGCGAUACCUGCCUACCUAUUGUUUUGACGUUGACCAAUUUAGGCACUACUGAAUAGGAAAUUUCAGCCUCUUUCAUAUAGACCCUUCUUAAUAAAUGAUCACGAGUUAUGGCUAAUAGGUGUAAUGUCCUUAUUUGCCUUGUUGAGAUGCCAAUAAGCUGCUUUAGAGUCUAAAGGUUAACAUUUAUUUUCGAUUUCUUGAUUGGUUGAAAUGGCUGCACUAGUUAGGAUGUUUUUCUUGAAUCAUCCAAUUACAAAUGACAAGG